UUAAUGUAAUAUAAUCUUUUAGGAAAUACAGGAUUGUUAGUUUCACAAUUAGGAUUUGGAAACAUGGUCAAUUUUCAACCUGAAGAUGAAGAAGUCAAUGUAGCCAUUAUUAAGAGAGCAUACGAAGCUGGAAUCAAUUUUUUUGAUACUGCAGAAUUGUUCUUAAUUCCUAACUAUUAUUAGCUAUUAACAUGGAGAAGCUGAAAAAUAAUUAGGAAGAUCAAUAAAAAUUCUUAAUAUUCCAAGAGAGAAAUUAGUAAUUACUACAAAAGUAUUUGGUAAUUAAACACCAGGAGGUAUUGAUUAUAAAUAAGAAUUAGGAUUAAAUAUCAAUAGAAUGUGCACUUUGAAUAGAAAACAUAUUAUUGAAGCUGUUAAUACUAGUUUAAAGAAUUUAUAAUUAGAUUAUGUAGAUAUAGUUUAUGCUCACUAAUAUGAUUGUGAAACACCAAUAGAAGAAAUAGUCAGAGGAUUUAAUACAGUAAUAGAAGAUGGCAAAGCAUUUUAUUGGGCAACCAGUAAUUGGAAUGCUGCUUAGAUUCAAGAGGCUAUAAAUUACGCAGAUGUUCAUGGAUUGAUUAGACCUAUUGCUGAUCAAGGGGAAUAUCAUAUGUUAGAACGAAAGAGAUUUGAAGUUGAUUUUGUAUCUUUGUAUGAAAAAUACAAUUAUGGAACCACAAUAUAUAGUCCUUUAUGCGGAGGAUUUUUAACAGGAAAAUAUUUAGAUGGAAUACCUGAAAAUAGUAGAUGUGGUAAAGAUAAUGGAUGGUUAACUAAAGAUAGAGCAUCUAAUAGAUUUCUAUUUAAACAUAGUACAAAUAUCUAUAUAUACUUUAAUAGCAAGUAAUCCAAGAAAUGUAGAAGGAUUGAAAUAAUUCGUAAAUCUAGCUAAAGAAUUAUCAGUCACUCCAGCAUAAUUAGCAUUAGCUUGGACUAUGAGGAAUAAAGAUAUAGAUGUUGCUAUUACAGGAGCAAGAACUGUAGCCUAAUUAGAAGAAUCUUUGGGAAGCUUACAAUUAUUAAAGAAAUUUGAUUAAGAUUUAGAUGAAAAAUUAAAUAAAGUAUUUGAAAACACACCAAAAUAAGAUUUAGAUUAUAGAACAUGGAAACCUAUACCAAAUAGAAGAUGAGUCA